AUGGCGACGGCUGGGGGUGACAAGAAGCCGGUGGCGCUGCCGGCGUCGAACGAUAUCCAUGCAACAUGGGCAUUUCUCGAGAGUGGUAUCGAUGUGAUGAUGGCUCGCCUCACGGAAGGCAUGUCGUAUGAGCGAUACAUGCAGCUGUACACGGUCGCCUACAACUACUGCAUCAGCAGUGGAAUGCAAGGUGCGAGUGGCAUCGCGGCGGGUGCGCACCUCGUCGGCGGCGAGCUGUACUCGCGCGUGGCGCAGUACUUCCAGCGCCACCUCCAGUCGAUUGUCGCCGAGAGCGAGCGCCUGGACGGCGAGGGGCUCUUGCGCUACUAUGCCACCGAGUGGGAGCGGUUCACGAACGGCGCCAACUUUGUGCACCGCCUGCUCGUCUACCUCAACCGCCACUGGGUGAAGCACGAGCGCGAAGAGGGCCGCACGGAUGUGCACACCAUCUACACGCUUGCGUUGAUUCAGUGGAAGCGCUACGUCUUCCAGCCGAUCCAGGCCACGACCAAGCUCACGCGUGCCGUCCUCGAGCAGAUUCGUGUGCAGCGCGACGGCGGCGUGAUUCAGUCAAGCCUGCUCAAGAGUGUGCUCGACAGCUACGUCUCGCUCGGCAUUGACGACACGGACGCGACGCGCGUGAACCUCGACGUGUACCGCACCGAGUUCCAGCAGUCGUUCCUCGAGGCGACCGUCGAGUACUACCGUGCAGAGAGUGCCGCGUUUGUCGCGAACAACUCGGUGACGGACUAUAUGAAAAAGGCCGAGACGCGCCUCUUGGAGGAGGAGGACCGUGUCGAGCUGUACCUGCACGCCUCGACGCGUCGACCGCUCAGCGACGUGUGCCGCGAACAGCUCGUGGCGACGCACCAGCAGCUGCUUUGGGACCACUUCAAGGCGCUGCUCGACAAUGAGAUGACGGGCGACCUGAGCCGCAUCUAUGCCCUGCUGAUCCAGAUUCCCGACGGCGUCGAGCCGCUGCGCCAGCAGUUUGAGGCGCACGCACGCGCCGCGGGCCUUGCGUCGGUCGCGAGCGCGGUUGAAGAGGCGCCGGACGCGGUGGAUCCCGCGCGCUAUAUCCAGGCGCUGCUGCGCGUAUACGACCAGAAUAUGCAGACGAUCGAGGCCUCGUUCCAGUCCGAGGCCGGCAUGAUUGCGGCGCUCGACAAGGCGAGCCGUGUCUUUAUGAACCAGAACCAGGCGACGGGCACUUCGGCGAGCAAGAGCCCGGAGCUGCUGGCCAAGUACGUCGACAGCCUCUUGAAGAAGAGCAACAAGGGUAUGGAGGAGACCUCGAUGGAGGACGCGCUCGACCAGGCCAUGGUCGUGUUCAAGUUCAUCGAGGACCGCGACUUUUUCCAAAAGUUCUACUCCAAGUUCCUCGCGCGCCGCCUCGUGACGUUUGCGUCGGCGUCGGCAGACGCAGAGGAGAGCAUGAUUGCCAAGCUCAAAGAGGUGUGCGGCUUUGAAUACACCAACAAGCUCCAGCGCAUGUUUACAGAAGUCGGCCUCUGCCGCGAGCUCAACGAGCGCUUCCGCGAGGCCGAGUCACAGCGCCCGGGCUCGGCGCUCGGCGAGAUCGACUUUUACGCGUUGGUGCUUGCCAACGGUAUCUGGCCCUUGCAGGCACCGGCAUCCGACUUUAGCGUCCCGUCGGAGCUCCAAGGGAUCCACGAACAGUUCAAGCAGUUUUACGGCACGCAGCACUCGCGGCGUGUGCUGACUUGGCUCUGGCACCUCUCGUCCAAUGACGUCCACACCACAUACCUGCCGCGCAAACACAUCUUCCAGACGUCUACAUACCAAUGCGCGGUGCUGCUCCUCUUUAACACGCACAGCGUCCUAACCUUUGACGAGAUCGCGGCGGCGACGCGCCUCGACGCGACGACGCUCAAGACGGCGCUCCUGCCGCUCGUCAAGAGCAAAGUGCUGCACGAGCUCGAUACGUCCUACUCGCUCAACAUGGACUUUAAAUCGAAAAAGGUGCGCGUCAAUCUCCAGAUCCCAGUGCGCGCGGAGCAAAAGGCCGAGUCGACCGAGGUAAUGAAAACCGUCGAGGAGGACCGCAAGAUGCUCCUGCAGGCGACGAUUGUGCGUAUCAUGAAAGCGCGCAAGACGCUCAAGCACAACCUGCUCCUCCCCGAGGUCAUCACGCAGGUCCAGGCGCGCUUCCAGCCCAAGGUGUCCGACAUCAAAAAGGCUAUCGAUGCUCUGAUCGAGCGCGAAUUCCUCCAGCGCGUCGAGGGGGAAAAGGAUACCUACUCGUACGUCGCCUAA